GCUGCUGUCGCUUUAAGAAGCUCGAUGCAGCAGACGCAGGCUCAGGCUCCUGUCCGGGACGCACGGCUGCAGGAUGGACUCUCGUCAGCAUCAGCAGCAUCUUUUCUCCCUCCUGCCGACGGGGACUCGACCCUUUCAACCUGGAGGAGCUUCUCCACGAUGCGCAACUUCCAGCGAUGCUGCCGUAAUGUGUUCAGCUGUAAAGGAUCCUAGCAUCUGUCGCUAAAGUACGGCCUGGAAAGGUGUGAGGUCUCUGGCACAUCAAUGUCUCUCACUCCGAGUCGGAAGCCCUCUUCAAGUCAGCGCAGGCGUUCAGUGGGCACUGGUGGUGGGAGUGGGCGAUAUUCCCAGAGUGAAACCUCGAGUACCAACACCUAUCCUGGUCGAAUUCGGGCAGCAGAGGGCCACCCCACAGUUCGCACAUAUCCCACUACGCCAAGGCGUCAGGUGAAGCAGACAGCCUGCAGUGAUAACCAUGGAAUCAAGCCCCCAACCCCAGAGCAGUAUCUCACUCCCCUGCAACAAAAGGAGGUGUGCAUACGUCAUCUACGAGCUCGGCUGAGGGACAACGUUGAAAGAUUACAACACAGGGAUUUUGAGAUAGAAGAGUUGAGGACUCAGCUGUUUAGGAUGCAGGAAGACUGGAUAGAAGAGGAAUGCCACCGUGUAGAAGCCCAGUUAGCCCUUAAAGAGGCCCGCAGGGAGAUCCAGCACCUCCAAGGGGUGGUAGAGUCAGUGAGAGCCAACCUGGGAGUCCCUGAACAAGGCCCCCAUGAGCACAAGCCAUACUCAGGACUGUGGGGUCCUCGGCCAGUAGGGAAAUCUCAGUCAUGUGGCUGUUCCCCAGCCAACACUCUGAGCCGAAGCACCACUCGCAACCGCUUGAGCAGCGAGGCACUGCAACUGGAGCAUAGCGUGCACGCUGCUGAGCCAAGUAGAGGAUCUUGCAUAUCAGGGCAAACCCACCUUCUGGAGGCAGCGGUGCCAUCAGAACAGUUACCAUCACAAGGCCUCAGUGGAGGUCCUUCAGCUGUGCUGAGCUCUUCUAAUUUUGAAAGGUUGUACAGCAGGGGUGCCGUGCUACCAAUGUCACACUCCUGCCAUACACUCAGCAGCAGCUACAAGUGUGAUGGACCAACCUACCUCCCCCAUCACCACUUGUUCCUGCACUUACCUCAGGAAGAAGUCCCAGUACCAACAUCAUCCGCUGCUACCACCAGUACCCCUAUCCCAACUCCUGCAGCAGAAAAGAAGCCAGAGGUCCGUUCCCAGGCCUGCAGCCCAACAAUGACCUGGCUAUGUGAGGAUAGUGCUGGUGAAGAGCUGAGCAUCAUUUCAUUAGCAACAGUGGACAUCAUCACCCCCUCAAUAAAACGCCAGUUUCCAACAUCUUUACCUCCCUCCUCCCAUUCUGAGAUUCCAGAAGAACUCCACACCAAGCAACCCCACCCUGUAAUGCAACCUCCAGUCAGCCUGGAGGUGACAGCGCUGGAGACUGAGGAGAACACUAAGGAGGAAUCCCAAAGCAUGAAUGAAGAUGGUUAUUCCUCUCAGCUGGGUCACUGGAGCAGUUCCUUCCUUGUCGAUCUGUUGGCUCUGGCAAUGCCAGUGGUCCCAACCAUGGCGUGGCUGUGUCGAGGAGGGACGCGGGACGUCAUGCCAGUCUAUCAAAUUGGGUCACUGUUAAGAGGUUGUUGUGCCGUGGCCCUCCAUUCACUUCGGCGCCAGAAUACAGCCAGACCUACCAGCAUGAAUGGAACACCACCAAUAUGACCAUUUGUUCUUCCUCUUAUUUGUUUUUAUUACUGUCAUAUAUUAGACCCUCCCUUUGUUCUAUUUGGAUUUAGAGAACAAAUGAUUAGUUUUUCCCAAUAGAUGCUUAUUCAAAUAUUCUUACUGCGACUGCCUGCAGUGCAUGUAACUUGUAGUUGGAUUAUGUUACUCAAAUCAAAAGCCCCCUCAGUGAAUUUACCCUAUGUGACCUGUUGUCUUGACAAAGAUUGUCUACAGAGUAAUAAAAGUACAAAAUAGUCA